AUGAGCGUGCUCAAAGCUAAAGUCAUUCAAUCUGACAUGAAGGAGUCCAUGCAACAGGAGGUGGUGAAUGCCUGUGCCAAAGCCAUUGCCGAGGAUGACAGUCCUAUUGCUAUCGCAACCGCGGUUCGCAAGCACUUUGAUGAAUGCUACGGACCCUCGUGGACUUGUAUUGUUGGUCGUGACUUUAGCAGUGCAUUCGCGUACGAGAAGAGAAGGCACAUUUCGCUAUCCAUUGGGGGAAAACAAAUCCUUCUUUUCAAGAGCGCUUAA